AUGGACGGCGUUGCAGUCAGUAGGGAUAGAGGUCUUCCCCUUCACCACCUACGCACUCUGCUGCCUCAGCCCAAAGCGUCACCAGCGUCCUCACCACCAUCCGGCCAGCCACCGCAGGCCGCGACGACCUCACCCUCUCUCCUUCUUUUCUUCGUGAACGACGCCACCAAGCCAGGGCCGCCACUCUCCGUCAAACUCUCGCAGGCCACCGCUCCAGCUCUGGCCUCGCCGGCGACAACAGACGCCACCGGAAUCACAACCGUCCACGGCGUCACCCCCCCUUUUUCCUCUCUUUCGCACUAUCCUAGGGGUUGGGGGUUUUCUCCCUUGAAUAACGUCUGCCACCGCCUCUCUGCCGCCGCCGUCGUGAGCCAUCGCCACAGAAACAUCAACCCCUCGCCGAACCACCACUGUAAUCAACCUCCGGAAGUUGACGCGAACUUCAGUCACACAACCACGAUCACCACCACACGAAUCUCCUCCUUUAUUCUCGAAUACACUCUGCCCUUUACACACUCAAUCUGCUUUGGGUUGGAAUCCCACGUCGAUGAGGUUUUACAUGUUUUCAAUCGCAAGUGUUGUUUUCCUUUUUUAAUAAAACCUCAUUUGUUUCUCGGGUUUGUUCCAGCGUUAACAGGGAAUGGAAGAAAUAGGAUAACUGAAGCAGAUUUGGUUUCCAGGAAGAUUUGGCAUAGAGUGUUGUUUUGUUUUUGAUUGACAAAGGAUAUCGCAAAGUAAACGCAUAUUUCAUUCAUGUUCCAGACAUGUAACAGAGAUAUAUAACAGGGGCAUGUGACAAAGCAGCAGAUAUUCACAUACAACCAAGGGCCAGGAAAGACAACUUACCUCCACCGCUUUUAAAGAAAAAAUGGGAAAGGUAAAUGGUUCUCCUCUGGCCGUGAGUCCCUUUAGUGAUGAUCGGUGGUGGUGGCGUGCGAUCUUUUCCUCUCUUUUUCAGGCGCUGGCUUCUCGUUUUCUUCCUCUGCUCAUGAACUGGUGGACGCCACCACAAAGAUUGAGACUGAAUGAUGAUUGAAGAUGAAGAUCCAAAGAGGUUGCCCUUUUUUUUCUUUGUAUGCAAAAUGCAGGGUUCUUGUUAGAAGUGAGGGAGUCAAGAAUGUUUUUUGUUGAUGGUCUUUUCUAUGUUGUUAUUGUGAAUCAAAAGAUGCUCUCUGUUCUGUUGUAAUGCAGCAGAAUUCCCUGCCGAACAACGCUUUCCCUUCGGAUUUUUGUAUGAUCAGUCUGCAUCUCUCAGGAUUUCUUGUUUGUCUUUUUUCAUGUUUCAUGUUUUCAUUGUAUAAGCUGGCCAAACAGUUCAAAAUUCAUUUCCCUUUUGAUGUUAGAUCAUGGUUCUGUGUAAA